AUGAGGGCCCUUUUGCCUCUCCUCUCCAUCCUCUCCCUCGCCUCGGCUCUGCACUUGUAUGUCGACGGCUCCGCGCCCAAAUGCUUCUUUGAGGAUCUGCCCAAGGACACGCUCGUCGUGGGCAAUUAUUCGGCCGAGGAGUAUGAUCACCACGUGUCUUCAUGGCAACAGCAUGGUGGCAUCAGCAUCUAUAUUUCCGUCGAUGAGGUCUUCGACAACGAUCACCGCGUUGUCUCCCAGCGCGGCUCCUCGGCCGGCCGCUUUACCUUUACCGCCCAGGAAGCCGGCGAGCACAAGAUCUGCUUCACACCUUCCUCAAACUCUGGCCGGUCUGGCUGGCUCUCCUCCAAGACCCUCCACGGCGGCAUCAAAAUGAAGCUCGACCUGGUCAUCGGCGCCACCAGUCAGAUCGAGAGCAGCGACAAGGACAAGCUUCAGGACAUUGCCAGCCGCAUCAGGGACCUCAAUGCCAGGCUCAGCGACAUCCGCAAGGAGCAAGUCUUCCAGAGGGAACGAGAAGCAGAGUUCAGAGACCAGUCCGAGUCCACCAACGGCCGCGUUCUCUCGCAUCUGCGCUCCUUUUUCAUCAAGCAGAAGCUCACAUGA